GGCAGAGCACACUUUACUUCUUCUAUGAAGCUCAUCUCUGUGACUGUGGAAGUUAUCAAAAAUGAAAUUUGACAACAUACUUUCAGAAAUUGGUGGCGUUGGGAAAUUCCAAAUUAGGUUGAUCUUAAUCCAGGUCAUAUCUCGAAUUACAGUGCCUUGUCACUUUCUGCUGAAUAACUUCAUGGCGGGGGUUCCCUCUCACCACUGCGAUAUCAGCACAUUGGAUAACUUCAACAUCUCGAAUUUAACUUUGCAACAGAAGCUGUCUAUAGGUAUUCCGACAGAGAUGGACGGCAGUCUGAGCUCCUGUCUGAUGUUUUCCAAGCCUCGACAUCCACACCUGCUGAACAUCAGUGAGGAGUCAUCGAUUGUACAGUGUCAAAACGGAUGGGUGUAUGACAAAAGUGACUUUAAAUCAACAUUGGCAACUGAGUGGGAUCUGGUGUGCAGCAGGAAAGGUAUGAACAAAGCAACGGCCACCAUCUUCUUCAUUGGUGUUAUGUUAGGAGCGCCUUUGUUUGGAUAUCUGAGUGACAGGUUUGGCAGGCGGCGGCUGCUCUUGGUGUCCUAUCUGACAACCAUGACAUUUGCCGUUCUAAGCGCACUCUCCACGUCCUAUGUCAUGUUUGGAGUUAUGCGUUUUUUCACUGGGAUGUCUAUUUCUGCAAUAAGUAUCGUCUCUAUUGUUCUGAAUUUAGAGUGGUUGGGUGCAGAACAGAGGACUCUCUUUGGUUUAAUCUUCAGCAUUGAUUGGUCACUCGGAAGCUGCAUCCUGGUUGCAAUGGCAUACAUGGUAAACGAGUGGAGGCUCCUCAUUCUGGCCGUGACCUCGCCCCUGAUUUUGGCCCUGGUUGCUUGGAGGUGGCUUCCGGAGUCUGGCAGAUGGCUUGUGGCUAAUGGGAAGUUUGAUGACGCCCACUAUUACAUUAAUCAGUGUGCAGAAAUGAACAACAGAUGCAAGUGCAUGGCCACCAUUACGCCAAGGACAUUACUGGAAUCUGUCGACGCGGACACCACUGACAAGAAGUACACUUUUAUUGAUCUUUUCAAAACGGCAACCUUAAGGAAACUUGGCGUAUGCCUUGGGAUUGUAUGGUUUGGGGUUGCAUUCACUUACUAUGGGAUAACCCUGAAUAUCACCGGCUUUGGAUUAAACCUGUACCUCACUCACUUUCUAUUUACAUCAAUCGAAAUGCCAAUGAAGAUUGGCCUUUAUUUCUUAUUGGAAAAUAUUGGGAGAAGGCUGGUUCAGGCAGGGACUUUGCUGUCGACCGGUCUCUGCCUUUUCAUCAACAUGUUUGUCUCAAAAGAGAAGUGGAUCAUUCGUACGAUUGUCGGAGUACUUGGAAAAUCCAUGUCGGAAGCAUCGUUCACAGUCAUAUUCUUCUUCACAAUUGAACUGUAUCCCACUGUCAUACGACAGAAUGGUGUAGGCUACACUUCCUUUGUGGCGCGGUUGGCCGUGUCCAUAUCUCCGCUGAUCAUGCUUCUUGAAGAUGUGUGGCAUCUCCUACCCCCUAUGAUUUACUGUGGAAUGGCGAUCCUUUCCGGUUUAGUGGCAUUACUCCUAACCGAAACACGAAAUACCAGAAUGCCCGAGUUCAUAGAGGAUAUUGACAAACCCAGGGAAAAAAUAACCAGUGGGAAGACGAUCUAAUGAAGAAAAAAAAACUGUGGUGUAGCCUGGCCAUGUCAUAUUCAGCUUGCACAAGAAGGCAAAGACUCUUGGAGCUGCAAAAGUGUUUGACAAUAAAGUUUGAAUAUGCAAAAA